AUGGUUUUGGGUCUUCUGGUAGUAUCCUCUAUCCCUGUCGUGACGGGUGUCGCAGAGGCGGUUAGCGAGCAGAAAAAGCAGAACGCUGCGAUGGGCGAUGAGCGAUACAUGACGAAAUUCAACUUGGACAUCUUCUGCGAAGCAAAUCACCCGAAGGCGAAAGAAGUUCACGGGACGACUGUGGUGAUGAAAGAUAACAAGACAGGCAAACCACGGCAAGGCGAAUCCGACGCGCCACCACCGCAUCAAUUUACAGGAUUCUAUAUUCAGUAUCCCGACGAUGACCGCCAACCGACACGAGGGCUUGUCAGCACCAUCUCCGUCGACCCUCCGAUGCUCAACUGGCUCUACGCCGAUUCCACCACGGGUGCGCUUGGCUUCGGUAACCGCAGUCAAUCCAUCGAGCACACCGUCGGGCCGUGGGAUUGGACCGAAGAUCAAGAGGGCAUGACAAUUGGCGGAGAAGAGGCGUUCGUUGCAGUUGAAGAACAGCCCGGAGUUUGGGCCGUCUAUUACGACAAGGAUGGCGAUCAUCUGGCAGGAAUCCCCGCCGUUAAGAAUAAAACCAUCCUGGAGAUUAGCCUGGAGAGGAAUAUUCUGGCCGAAGAACGGCAGGGCCUGGAUAAGCCAAACAAUCCGACCAAUAACACAGUUAAAUCGGAAGGCAACAUGGGGACACGGUGGGAUAAGUGA